GCGUCCAUUUCUCCCUUCCGAGCCAUAAUCCUCUCCAGCAUGUCGUGGCGGGUGCGCGCGCUCGUGUUCCUGUGGCUGUGGCUCGGCUUAGCGGCGGCCUCGUCGGAGGUGCAGGUGGCCGACCAACAGCGGGACCCUCCGACUAGUCGCUUCGCCUACGUGACGGUACAUUAUGAAGGCACGGCCCGCGACGCAGAGUAUGUAUUGGGUGUACAGGUUUUGAUGCACUCGAUCAAGCUCACAGGCUCGCCAUACGACCUGGUGGUGUUGGCAUCCGACUCGGUGUCAGAGAAGAGUAAGGCGCUUUUCCGCUCUAUGGGCUGCCGCGUACUGGACGUAACCAACAUCGACAAUCCCUUCGUGGGGGGUACAUUGCUCAACAAGGGCUUCAUCUACACACUCAACAAGCUGCACGUGUGGAACAUGCUCGAAUACGAGCGCGUCGUGUAUCUGGACGCCGAUAAUGUACUGAUCCGCAAUGCAGACGAGCUCUUCUUGUGCGGAGAGUUCUGUGCUGUGUUCAUGAACCCCUGUCACUUCCACACUGGUCUACUGGUGGUCACACCGUCGGCUACAGAGUAUCAGCGACUACUGAACGCUCUGGGUCAUCUCGAGAGCUUCGACGGAGCUGAUCAGGGCUUCCUCUCGUCCAUGUACAGCAAGAUGCUGCGCAAAGCGAAGCUGUUCACGCCCAUGAAGUCGGCAUACACCGGUGUAGACCUGGAAGUGAAGAGAUCGGAGCCCGAACCCAAAGGUAUGCGACUACCGGUGGGAUACAACAUCAACCACAAGUAUUUCUACGAGCAAUACCAUUGGAAACUCUUCUACUUGCGCCAGUUUGCGUCCAUGACAUCGCCUAUUAGUCCCGUCAAGGUGGUGGUGGAGUCUGCACGACCCAUUCCAGCACUCACGGUCGGAUAUCCCAUGGCUUCUGUGCUCAAGCCGUGGUAUUGGUGGGCUGGGUUCUUCAUGGACUUACAUGCAGUAUGGCACGACAUUCGCGCGACGUUACCAGCUUCACAGGAGCAUUACGGAGGAGAGGAGGCGGUGAAGACACUGCUGGGCUUCUUUAGUUCACUGGCACUACUCACUGCUGCGCUAUAUGCACUAAAGAUUACUCUACCCAUGCGUCAGAUCCAGCAGCGAUGCACGGACUUGGCUAUGCGUAACAGCAGACAAGCCCGGUAUGCUUACAAGGCGUUCCGGAUAGCUCUCGUGGUGUUCGCCUUCCGUAUCGCUCCUGCGCGCGUGCAUCCAUUGGCUCCUGUGAAUUACGGCUACGGACUCAUGAUUUUCAUGAAUGUUUUCCUGCACAUCUACUUCGCCUGUGUGAUCUCCAACUUCUGGGAUCCUCAUCAGGAAGUAUCCAUGCCGCCAGUGCUCUACGUGACGCGGUUUUGGCUCUACGUUGCAGUUACAGCAGUUUUCGAGCUGUUUGUGGUCUGGUUCAGCACGUGGAGCGUGUUCCCCAACGUACUAUGGAGAUUGUUUUCGAUCUUCUGCUCUCUCGUCCUCUGCGCGUACUGGCAGGUCACUUACUACCGCGUUACACUUAACGCCGAGUAUGGAGGCAAAAAGGAACGACUCCGGAGUCUCUAGUCUUCGCACUUCAACGCACAAGGCGACAACGAUUGUAUGGACGUGGUAUACUACUGUGAUCAAGAUUUAUUAAGGCUAUGGAGGAGAGCCAGGUAGGCAUUGUCUUGUUCCAUGACUCUUUUGUUAUGUCGACCAAAGCCGGAAGGUGCAGUCGGAGCUGGAGGACGCCAAGAAGCGGCCGUUCGGGUCGAACUUGACGGACUGCAGACACAGCAACAGAUAGAUAUAUAACACGACAAGAUGGGCGGACACCCCAACAGAAGAGAGACAGGUGAGUCCCCGCCAUCUUGCAAAUAUGAAUAGAAAAGAACUGAAAAAUGCCGCAAAACGCACCUGGACUGGGCCCUCGUGGCCCUUUAGUUCCGUCGCGAGUGAUUCGGUUUUCAUGCUGAAGAGCUUGAUGGAUCCAUCGUCACUGGCUGCUGCGAGGAUCUUACCGCUGCGAUCGAAUGCCACGCUGUUGAGUGGAUGUUGUCCGCCAUCCAGUGAGCUUCGUUCGGCCACCAUACGCACGUCCCAGACCUUGACGAAGCCAUCGGCAUCACAUGAUGCUAUUGUAUCACCAGCAAGCGCGAAGGCCACACUAUUGCAGGCAUUCUGGUGACCAUAGAAGGUUUGCACGCAGAGACCUGAACGCAGAUCCCAAAUGGACACUGUCUUGUCCCCAGAACCCGUGCAGAUAUUCGUGGAGAAUGGCUGGAAACAGACACUAUUGACAGAGUCAACGUGGCCUCGGAACGUUCGACGGCAACGACCGGAAUGCAGAUCCCAGAGCUUGCACGUGUGGUCCAUGGAGGCGCUUACAAGGAAGUCACCGUCGUGGUGGAAUGCGCUCUCCCAGACUGGAUGUGAGUGAUCGGCUAAAGUCAGUGAACAAGCAGCUCCCACGAAGUCCCAGAGCUUGACGGUGUUGUCUCCAGAGGAGGUGGCCACGUGCGCUCCUCGUGGGUGGAAAGUUACGCUUGAAAGCCAACUGCGAUGGCCUUCUCCACUCAUGAUAAGCUCUCCAGCAGGAGCAGACCAGAGCUUCCAAGUCUCAUCGUCGGAAACUGUGGCCACAAUAGGAUUUUUUGGAUGGAAGGCCACCGCCGCUACAGAGUUGGCAUGAGCCUGACAACUUCGAGCAAGCUCCACACGUUCAGGAUUCACAGGCUCGAAGCGUUUGUCUACGAACGGAUUCGCAGCAUCAGGGUUGGGCAGCUUUGUGUCGGGCACGUCGCUCUUGGACUUACUCUUUUUCUUUUGCCCACCGGAAGCGGUCUUCGAGGAGUUCAGAGGUGCGACUGGAGCCACGACUUUGCCUUUUCCUGACGUAUUGGUUGCUGUCGACACUCCUCCAACAGCUUUAAGCUGCGCUUCAAGCGCCUCUGCUCUCGCUACUUGUCGAUCCCGUUCAAUUCGCAUGAGCAUCUUCUCCUUCAUGGAGUUCUCAUACUUGGCUUUAAGUUCUUGAAGCAGAGGCUCAUAAGCAGCCACGUGCUUUUCGAGCUUGCGGAUCUUGACUGACAGUGCUUCUUUCUCCUGCAAUACUCGUUGGUGAUGCAUCUUGUGGACAUCACGCUGGUGACGGAAUUUAUCCCACGUGCCUUUAGCCUUCUCGGUGAUCCUUCGUGUGUCUUCUAGCUGGCGUCUCAACUCCUUCACUUGGUCGUCUAACGCCUGGUUGCGCACGUAAAUAUCGGGCACUACGCCGACGUCGUCUUCGCGUAGUUUACCCUUGGCGAUAAACUCGUACCAUUCGUGAUUGAACAUGUCCAAUGUACGUGUGAGUCCCAAUUUAAUGAGGAAGUUCCGGAUAAAGUCGUCUACUACGGACGGACGCACUUGAGUGUGGACGCGCGUCAUUAUCGAUUGCUUGGGGCUGCCGGCAACGCUGCGUUCUGCACUCAUAUCAUCGUUGGAGGCGUUGGCAGAAGGCAACGAGACUGGUGCCGUCGUGUCUUGAGCUGAUGCUAUUGUAGAACGAUUGAGGUUUCGCAGCACUGCGGCAAAGUCUUCUUCAUCCCUAUCGUCGUCAUCGAGCUCGAGAGCUCCAUCGUCCACUGCUUCGUACUGAAACGUGUCGUCGUCGUCGUCAUCCUCUGCGAAAUGAACCUUCUCCAGCCGUACAAGCUCCUCCUUCUGCGGCAUCGUGGCGAUAUCAGUUGGACCUUACACAAACAACAGCUCGAAAUGGAACCGACACUCCUGUCUAGCGACUCUUCACAGUGCUAACGAAUACAUUUACCUUUAUCCUGUGGCACCAACGUUUCCAGUACUGGUGACAAUGAGCUACCUGUGCUUGGCUUCUUCGUCUAUCGU